AUGCAAAAUGACAAAAACAACUUCUCGCACGAAAAUACAGAGCAAACUAAAGGGACUGUAGCUGACAAGAUAAACUUAGGAGUGAUUGAUUUACAGCCUAUUUACUUUAGGACAUACCCAUACACCGAAGUUCACAUUUCCAUUUACCUUACUGGAGGGUGCUCUUGCAAGCUUUCUCUUUGGCAAUACAAGAGUUUCCGGCUCGUCAAGAUGAAGGAGUUGCUGUGCUUCGCUGUCUUCUCCAUCGCUGUAAUGUUUGCAACAUGUGGAAUAAAAGAUUUCCAGGUGCAUUUUGAACAACUUCGUGUAGCUCAGUCACACGAUCCUCGUGGGCUUCACAGUAACGGGACUCUUAAUCUCUCACCCGAGUUCCAUAAAGAGAAUACAGUGACCAACAUCUUGAGUGCUGAAGAAGAGGAGGAGGAGGAUUAUCUGGACUUUGAGAAAAUAUUAAAUGAAGAUGACGAUUACUUUGAUAUCAUUGAUGCCGUUCCAGAGACUGUUUCUGACUUCAAACAGGGGAAUAUUUUGGAACUUUUCCACGGCAAAACCCGAAUCCAGCGUCUCAACAUCUUCAAUGCAAACUUUGCUUUCAACCUUUACCGGAGUCUGAAGGACAAAGCCAAUUCCACGGAGAACAUCCUUCUGGCUCCGGUUGGCAUUUCUACAGCCAUGGCUAUGAUUUCAAUGGGACUGAGAGGUCAAACACGGGAGGAAGUAAUGGAUUCUCUGGGUUUUAUAGAAUUUAUUAAUGCCAGCUCUAAGUAUGACACAAUGACCAUUCACAACCUCUUCCACAAACUCACCCACCGGCUCUUCAGGAGAAAUUUUGGCUACACGCUCAGGUCAGUCAAUGACCUUUAUAUUCAGAAACAAUUUCCUGUCCUGAGUGACUUCAAGAACAACAUGAAAAACUACUAUUUUGCAGAGGCUCAGACAGCUGACUUUUCGGACCCAAACUUCAUUGCUAAAGCCAAUCAGCGUAUUUUGAAGAUCACCAAAGGAUUAAUAAAGGAAGCACUUGUGCACGUACACCCUACCACCGUGAUGAUGAUUCUCAACUGUCUGUACUUUAAAGGAACCUGGGAAAAUAAAUUUCCAGUGGAAAUGACCCAAAAACGCAAUUUCCGUCUGAACGAAAAAGAGGUUGUGAAAGUCCCCAUGAUGCAAACCAAAGCCAACUUUCUGGCCACCGUGGAUAAUGAGCUGGACUGCGGCGUGCUGCAGCUGCCCUACGUGGGAAACAUCAGCAUGCUGAUUGUCUUGCCAUACAAGCUGGGGGGCAUGAAGCUACUGGAGAAACAACUGACUCCCCAGGUGGUGGAGAGGUGGCAGCAAAGCAUGACUAACAGAACAAGAGAAGUCAUACUACCUAAGUUUAAGCUGGAGAAGAAAUAUGACUUGAUUCAAUAUCUGAGAUCACUGGGAGUAAACGAGCUGUUCACUCAGAAUGGCAACUAUUCCGGGAUAUCAGAUGAGAGUAUCGUCAUUGAUAAGUUCAGCCACCAAGGAACUAUUACCGUGAACGAAGAAGGGACCGAGGCUGCCUCUGUGACCACCGUAGGCUUCAUGCCCCUUUCGGCACAAAUUCGUUUUGUGGUUGAUCGACCUUUUCUUUUUCUUAUCUACGAGCACCGCACCAGUUGCUUACUUUUCAUGGGUCGAGUUGCCAACCCAAGCAAGUUUUAAAAAGCAAGAGGACUGCCGAAGAUGCGCACGUAUAGGCAGUCUUAAUACCUGUUAAUAUAACCAUUUUUAUAAGUGUAUUUUAGCCAGAACGUUAGUUGCAAGUGCUAUCUGAUGAACAGUGCAAUGCCGUCUUAAUGAAAACCACCUCAACAGAUGAUUUCACUACAAUUUGUAAGAAUAAUUUAUGGCUGCAAAAGCAGGAAAUACCCCUGUUCAGUUUCACCAAAAGCAACAUGCAGGUCAAGGGUAUGUUGGUGAAUAUUUUCAUGCCACCUAGAGAGUUGGUAUAAUUAGCUCCAUUGAUCUUUAGAAAGUCAAAUAAUUAACAACACAGCAGCUUUUAGAUUAUUGAAAAUGGAUGCUGCUCAUUGGCCAAAAAGAGAUUAAAACCAUAAUUAUAUAAGAUUCCUUUGAAGUUCAUUAAAAUGUGAUGAGAACUACGAAGUUAAUAGUGAUUAGGGAAAUAAAACUUGGAUUUUAAACUCAG